AUGGGAGACAUGAAGACGCCAGACUUUGAUGACUUGUUGGCAGCUUUUGACAUCCCUGAUAUUGAGGCAAUUGAGUCCAGUCCAGAGGAGGAAAACGGUGAGCCAGAGGGAAGCCCCAAAACAACUGCAAAAGUCACUCCAGCAGGGAUAAUGUUACGCAGCCUGGGACAGAAAACUCUACCCACGGGAAUUAAUUUACCUCUGCCUUCACUGCCGCCUCCUCUCAGCAGCAGCAGCAGGCCGGCUUCUAUUGUCAACAGCACUGGAGCCAUUAUAUCUAAAAGCCAGACCAACCUGGUAGACGCUUUUAAUCGAAUUUUAAAUAACAAGAAUCUACUGCCCAGUUACAAACCGGACCUUGCCUCAUCCCGCCAAGCAGAAUGGGGCCUCUCUCUCCCUGCGCAGGGCUACAGAUGCCUGGAGUGUGGGGAUUCCUUUGCUCUGGAGCAGAGUUUAGCGCGGCAUUAUGACCGGCGCUCGCUGAGGAUCGAGGUGACCUGUAACCACUGUGCUAAACGCUUGGCCUUCUUUAACAAGUGCAGUCUGCUGCUACACGCGCGAGAGCACAAGGAGAAGGGCCUCAUUAUGCAGUGCUCACAUUUAGUGAUGAGACCUGUGCCCAUGGAGCUGAUGAUCGGGUCACAGGAGCCGACUGCAGCCGCUCUGUCCUCUGUUUUGUCUCACGUAAAUCCGAAAGCCACGUCUGUCAAAAAGACAGAAGUCCAGUACGGCAGUCAUAAAUGUCCUGAGUGUCAGGCACAGUUCGCCAGCGCAGAGGAGGUGGUCAAGCAUUUUCAAGAACUCAAAUCAACGCAACCCAUCACAUGUAUAGAAUGUUCCCCUCCCAUGCUGCUGUCCAACAACUGCUGCGCGGCGGCUCAUCAGCGCAUUCACCUCAACACUGCUCCUCACGUGUGUCCAGAGUGCGGAGGCUCCGCCAAACCGGCCGUCUUCAAAACUCACAUAGAGGAGACGUGCUUUCACUUUGCACGGCGCAUUGGUUACAGGUGCUCCAGUUGUCUGGUGGUGUUUGGAGGCAUAAACUCUGUGAAGUCGCACAUCCAGCAGGCACAUUGUGACAUGUUCCAGAAAUGCCCCGUUUGUCCCAUGGCGUUUAAAUCCGGCUCCAGCAUCCAGAACCACAUCUCUGCUCAGCACCCCACGCUCACAGAGGCCCAGGCCAUAUCCAUCUUUAAAUGCGUCAUGUGUGAUACCGUUUUCACCAGUAAAACCUUGCUUCAUAUCCACUUUGACACACAUUUAGCAAAUCAAAAAGUGCAUGUAUACAAAUGCCCCGAGUGUCCCAAACAGUUUUCUGUCAGAUCUUCAUUAAUGGAACAUUUAAAGACCCAUCAAACUAAAAUCAAACAGGAGUCUCCUCUUCCAUUUUCACAACCAACUGUGAAGAUGGAGAGUUCUGAAGAUGAAGAAAGCAGCAGCCCAUCCAAAGAAGUAACUAAAAAGACACGGAAGCAGUUUCCCUGUAACAAAUGUGACGGCUCUUUUUCCACAACUUCAAACCUGCGACGACACAUCAGAGACAAACACAAAGCCGCCGCUCGGAGUUUCCGCUGCCAAUUCUGCACUGACGUGAAGAAGACAUUUAACAGCAGAGUGAUGUUGGAGAAGCACAUCAGGCUCAGGCACAAGAUGGAGACCGGGGACGAGGCCUUUCUCAUGCAGGAGGGCAGCGACAAUGCGGACAGCUCCUCGGAGCAGGACGGCGGCGCCAUGUUCCGCCGCAGACGGAGAGCGGCCUUGAAAUCUGAACCGGAGGAAGACUCUGUGAACGAGGCGAGUCCGGCGAAGAAGUGGCAAUCGUCCUCUGAGCUGCCACCGGAGAAGGGCUUCCGCUGCGCCCCCUGUGGCUACACUUGUGAAGAGCAGGCGGAGUUCUUGGAGCACAUCGGCCAACACCGCAAAGGCGCGGGGGGCAGCUCGCAACAGUGUCUGCAGUGCGGCGUCUGCUUCACCUCGCACCACUCCCUCUCUCGCCAUCGCUUCAUCGCUCACAAAGUCAAACAGACCGAAAGCCAGGACUCGCCAAACCCGGGCCUUGCUCCAUCCGCAAAUGAAAACUACGAAGAGAAAGGCGCUUUUUCUGCACAAGACUCGCCAGGUGGGUCUCAGGGGAGGGACGGCGAGGGCACGCUGGCCUGUAAAGUGUGCGGCCGCAGGUUCGAAAAGGCUGCGGAUCUCAACACGCACUUCAGAACUCACGGAAUGGCGUUUAUCAACGCUAGAAAUGCAGGGAAGAGCACCUGA